AUGAAAAAAUAAAAGAAAUAAAUUUCAUGGCAUCGUACUAAUAUUAGGUGGUUAUUUCUUGGGAUGACAUGCUUAUUUUAAGUUGGUUGUUGUAUUUGCAUAGAUUUUCCAUCGGUAUUAGCUAGUUAAAUCUAAUCUACAUUUAAUGUUGGUCAAAAAGAUAUCAAUUAUCUCUUUUCUAUAUAUUCUAUGCCAAAUAUAGUUUUACCCUUUUUUGGUGGAUUAAUUAUAGAUAAAAUAGGAGUUAAAAGUGCAUUGCUUAUUUUUUGUUCGUUUUUGGUAAUUGGAUAAGGUUAUAAAUAUAUUUUUAUGAUAAGGAUUGUGUGUUUAAGGAGCUUAUGAUAAAGAUUUUAAUUUACUUAAAUUAGGAAUGUUAUUUUUAGGAAUAGGAGGGGAAGUAUGCUUAACUGUAGCCUAAAGUGCUUUACUUACAAAAUGGUUUUUAGGAUAAGAAAUGUCAUUAGCUUUUGGGUAUAAUAAAUAUAUAGUUAGUGUAUAAAUAACAUUCAUUCGUGUAGGAUCAGUAAUUGGUGCAAAUUGGUUACCUAAGGUUUAUAUAUAGUAUGGAGAUAGUUUUACUGCUUGUAUGAUAUUUUGUUUUAUAUUCAUUUUGAUUACAAUGCUAACUAGUUUUAUUUAAUGCAUGUUAGAUAAUAGAAGUGAUAAGAGAGAUAGAGAAUAGAUGAGUUAACAAGAAAUAUCUGAAUUAGAACAAUAACCUCCUGUAAAUUGUAGAGAUGUCAAAGAAUUUAAAUUAGAUUAUUAUUUACUCUCUAUUAGUUGUGUAUUUAGUUAUAGUGCAUUUUUGAUCUUAUAGGCUAAUGGUAUACGAAUGUUUCAAAUCAGGUAUAAAUUAAUUUAAAUUUAGAUAUAAUCUAACUAUAUCUUAAUAAACAUUUCUAUAUAGUUUACCAUACUUUAUUAGUGCCUCAGUUACACCAAUUAUUGGUUAUUUUAUAGAUUAAAUAGGUAAAAGACCCAUAUUUUUAAUAAUUUCUGGUAAUUUAUUAUUAUUAUCUACAAUAAUAUAUUCUAAAAAUGUAGAUUGUUCAAUUGAAGAUUAAUGUUUUAGUUUAGUUUUAUUGGCUUAACUUAUUAAUGGAAUCUUUUUUGCUUUAUAUGCACCUGUGAUUUGGCCAUGUAUUCCAAUAUGUGUAAAUGCUAAUUCAUAAGGAACAGGUUUUGGAAUUAUUGGUUCAAUCUAAAAUGCUGGUCUAACCAUAUUUCCAAUUAUUGUAGGUAGAAUUCUUUUUGAUGAAAAUCCUAUAAGCUAUUAAUAUAUGAUAUAUUUUCUUGGAUUUAUAACAAUUAUAGCAAAUAUCAGCAAUAUUAAUAUUUAUUUUUAUGAUAUAUAUCAUGAUAAUAAAUUGAUGUCGCCUUCUAUUAAAUUACCUGAAUAUGAAGUAGUAGAUGAAUAAGAAGAGUCAAGUGAUAAUACUAGAAUGGAAUGA